AUGGCCUCAGACAUGAAGGCGACGGUAGAGCCCACCAACAAGGGGUUCUCCGUCUGCGGCUACGAGAAGAUCGAGUAUGACUUUGAGUUUCUCGAUGGCGUCUUCAACAAGCAGAACAGCCAGCUGGCCGACUGUUACUCGCGCUGGAAGCGGUGCCUAGCCGUCAUGGACCUCAACAUCUUCAACCUCUACGGCAAGGAGAUGAAGGAGUACUUUGACCACUACAGCAUCGAGCUCAAGAUUCACAAGACCAUGAUUGGCGAGAAGGCCAAGUCCAUGGAGACGCUGCUGAGCAUCGUCGACUCCAUGACCGAGUUUGGCGUCUACCGCAAGGAGCCUGUUCUCGUUGUCGGCGGUGGCCUCGUCACUGAUGUUGCUGGCUUCGCAUGCGCCGCCUACCGCCGCAACACGCCCUUCAUUCGCAUUCCCACUACGGUCAUUGGCCUGAUCGACGCCUCCGUUUCCAUCAAGGUCGCCGUCAACUACGGCAACUACAAGAACCGUCUCGGCGCGUACCACGCACCCACACACACCUUCCUCGACUUCACAUUCCUGCGUACACUCCCCACCGCCCAGAUCCGCAACGGCUUCGCCGAGCUGAUCAAGAUCUCCACAUGCGCGCACCUUGAGACGUUCGACCUGCUCGACCGCUUUUGCGAGGAGCUCAUCAAGACCGGCUUCGGGCGCUGCGAUGGCGCCAGCCAGGAUGUCAGAGAGGCCGCUGACAAGAUCAACCGCAACGGCAUCCACGAGAUGUUGAAGCUUGAGACCCCCAACCUGCACGAAAUCAUGUUAGACCGUGUCAUUGCCUACGGCCACACUUGGUCCCCCCUUCACGAGCUCUCCCCUGACGUGCCCCUGCGCCACGGCCAUGCCAUUUCCAUCGACAUGGCCUUCUCCGCAACACUCGCCCACGUGCUCGGCAAGCUCUCCUCCGAGGAGCACCGCCGCCUUCUGAACCUGUUCUCCCGCGCCGGUCUCUCCAUGGACCACCCGCUCUUCGACGAGGACAUGCUCGACAAGGCGACGUCGGCCAUCCUCAAGACCCGCGACGGCCAGCUGCGCGCCGCCGUACCCUCGCCCCUGGGCCAGUGCGUGUUCCUGAACGACGUCUCCCACAAGGACAUGUGCGCCGCCCUCAAGGUGCACAAGGACCUCAUGAAGGAGUAUCCCCGCGAGGGUGCCGGUCUCGAGGCGUACGUCGACGCCAGCGACACGGGCUACACGAUAAACGGCACUUCCGUCGAGGACGAGUCGCGCACGGUGCUGAACGGCGUUGAGAAAGUUGUCGUGAGUGACGAUACCUCCAACGGCCCCUCAUCAAACGGCUCCUCGACCCCCGAGUACGGCCUGUCGAACGGCAAGAACCUGGGCCGGGACGGCGCAGAGUACGCUGCUGCCGGCUUCGAGUCCGAAGUCACGAAGAAGCUGGACGGCGGCAAGGAGGGCAUCAAGGGUUACGGCAAGGCCCAGGUCGAGGUCGGGCACGAGUGCUGCUGA